AUGUCAUUCUUCACCCUGAUGUGCGGCCUGAUCCUGGAGGGCUUCAAGGAUGUUGUCACCACGGAGCUGGAGAAGACUGAGAACUGGACCCAGCUGGCGACAGGCGCUUUCCAGGCGUGUUAUGGCUUCUCCUACGUGGUGGCUGCGCUGUUCAUGCUCUUCUUCCUUAUUCUGCUAGUCUUCCAGGGCGCGGUCACCAAGGAGCUCGGAAUCUACGACCAGAUGCAAUCGCAAAAGAGGCUGGCGGAAAUGAACGCGCUUGCGUCAGGCGGCGUGCACAUGAAUCCCUUGCAGGCAGGGCCCAUUUGA